AUGGCGGGCAUAUCAGUACCCAAGACCGCACCUCACAUCAUCCACUGCACAACAGGUGACGCUUUUGAUCACACCGUCCUAGUUUCAGGGGAACUACCACCAUACUGCAAACCUGAGCUUGGAUCAUCUUCCCGUAACUGCCCGCCGCCCCCCCGUGGUUCUGCCUCCGCAGGUGCUUCUCGUACUCGUGCUCAUCAAGACCAGAUCCGGCCUCCCACCCCACCUUCGCGAGAGACCAGGCCUUUGUCAGAGAUCAGCGACGAGGAGUUCGAUGUCCCGCCCCUGUUUGAUGACACAUUGUAUGAAGCUGAAGAUGUCCCUAAUUUGGAUAUCGACGAUGAUGAACCAUAUGUUGGAAAAUUGUAUGCCUCAAAACAAGACUGUCAGAUCGGAAUUGCCAUCUAUGCAAUAAAGGAACAGUUUCAUUUCAGGCAGACCAGAACCAGCAGGCAUUCCUUUGUCCUCAGUUGCCAUGACACUCGUUGUGACUGGAGAAUCCUUGCGAAGGAGCUCACGACCUGCGGCUACUACACUAUUAAUAAGUGCCAGCUAAACCACACAUGCGACAUGGACACUCGCAGACUUUACAAGAAGCGUGCUACAGCAAAGGUGUUGGGACAUAUCUAUCGCUCCAAAUAUGGAGAUCCCACUGAUGCACCCAAAGCUGUCCAACUUCAGCAGCUUAUCCUGGAAGAUCUCCGCGUUUCUGCUUCGUACAUGAAAUGCCACCGUGCUAAAGGGAUUGCACUAGACCUCACUCAUGGUAAUGCGGAGGAAUCGUUCCUUAACAUUGCUGACUAUUUUGAGAGGCUGAAAGCAACUAAUCCCGACACCAUCACUGCUAUUGAAACCGAGAUUGAUGAUGACGGGGCUACACGUUUCCUGUACGCUUUUCUAGCAUUUGGUGCAUCAAUCAAAGGUUUCCGCCGCCUCAGGCCUGUUCUAAUUAUUGAUGGAACCCACUUGUCUGGAAAAUAUAAAGGCGUACUCCUCACUGCUAGUAGUCAAGACGGUAACUUCCAAGUCUUCCCUCUCGCCUUCACUGUGGUUGAUGGAGAAACAGAAGAGGCCUGGACUUGGUUCCUUAGCAAGGUUGAAAGGAUCAUUGCUGACGCAAACACGCUCACCAUCAUCUCUGAUCGCCAUGCCUCCAUUGUCAAGGCCAAAAGCCUGGUUUUUCCUAAAGCACAUCAUGGAGCCUGCAUUGUUCACCUUAUGCGGAAUGUGGUCUCCCGCUACAAAAGCAAGGGGCUUGCAAAGAUGGUGUGCGAAGCUGCAUUCUCAUUCCGCCGUUCAGAUUUUGAUAAGAACUUCGACAAAAUCAAGAUAGCUAAUGCUGCCUGCUUCAAAUACCUCGAAGACAUCGGAACGGCGAAAUGGACACGUACUUAUUUUCAAGGAAACCGUUACAAUCUCCUCACCAGCAACGUUGCAGAGCAGCUGAACAAUGCUAUCUCGAAAUCUAGAGCUUCUCCAAUUGUUGAGAUGUUCAUGUUCAUCCAACGGAUGCUAACAAGGUGGUUCUCAGCUAGGAGGACAAAAUCAUCAAAACAUAGGGGUCUUGUCACCCCAGAGGUGGAUAAGGUCAUUCAGACACACAUCCGACUUACCAAAGGCAGCAAGAUCUAUCCAUCUAGGGACUGGAGCUUUUCAGUUAGGGGCCUUUUCGGGCACGGUAACACUGUCCACUUGGAUACAAAGGCUUGUACAUGCCAGGUCUUUCAGAAGCUCAAGAUACCAUGUGGCCAUGCACUUCUUGCCGCUGACUCUGUUGGUCUCCCCUACAACCAAUUAGUUGGUGAGUUCUAUAAAACAAAGUACUGGAUCGAGACAUAUGCUGGUGUCAUCUACCCAGAAGCUCCAGUAGGCGACCACUCCAUCCCUCCAGAGAUUGCUGAUCUGACUAUUUACCCUCCAAAAACUCGUCGCCCUUCUGGAAGACCUCGUGAAUGCCGAAUCCCGUCAACUGGCGAGAUACCGCCUGCCAAGAAAACCAAAACUGUUCCAAACAAGUGUACUCGUUGCGGAGGAACUGGUCACAACCGAACCCGCUGCAUCGUUCCACUCUGA